GCGGGCCGCGGGAUCGGUUGAGCAGGAGAUGCUUUGCUUGGGUCUCUCCUGGCCUGGUCACCUGGGAGCAUCACAUGCGGCCCCGUCGGGGCUGCGGGGCGCAGGCGCUGCACAGUAGGGUUACCAUCUUUCGUUUUUCCAAAAAGACGAUGAUGGGGGGUUGGAGGAGCUGAAGGGAGUAUCUGCGGCGGGGAUUCCACAGGAGGUGGAGAACAGUGUCACUCCCUAACACAGUGGCAGGCUGGUGCAAGCCCAGGACGUGUCAGUCAGUGCCUUUCUGCGGGGCCCCCUGCCCAGAGCUGGGUGCCAGGGCCUCAGUGGGCAGCUGUGGAUGCUGGGGAGUGACCAGCUAGGAAGCGGACCAAUCAAGGUUCUUUCUGAGCUGCAGCGUUUGCGCUGAAAAAAAUCUGGCCAUUUCCUCUUGUUUGAAAAAUCUGCAUGGAGGUUGGAUCCUCCAAAAAGAGGAACUAGCCAGAAAAACCUUGACAUAUGGUGACCUGCACAGAACCUGGCUCUUCCCCAGUGAGCCCUGCCCAUGACAGAUGGUCAAAGGGAGUGGGGCGCCCAUCUUGAAGGCAGGGUGGGGUGUGUCAGUUCUAACACAGUGGUUUGGAGAAGACAGUCCCUGACUUGCUGUGGCACCACAGCUCUUUCACCAACCCCACAUCUGCCAACAUGGAGCUAGCUGUCCCUGCAGUCCCUUCUGUUGAACAUGUUUGACAAACCAAACAAGGAUGCUUUUCAUGUGGUUGCACGCUUCUUGUUUACUAAACUGGAUCAUCCACGCUCCAUAGAGAUCUUCCGAUUUUGUUGCCCUCCAGCAGAUAAAAAGGGAGAUGCUGAAUUCAGGAAGCAAUGCUGCGAAUGGCUAAAAAAAAUUUCUGAUGAAUGUGGAAACAGCUUUCCUCCGGUUGUAGCCUCACUGUUUCUUUCUCCUGGUGGUCCUAAAUUUAUUCAUUUAAUGUACCACUUUGCAAGAUAUGUAAUAGUACAACAUAUGAAAAAAGAUUCUGAAGACACCAAUAUACAUUUUCCGGAAGCUGUGAAUUCAAGGCCUCAUGACUCAUAUAAGGCAGCAGCAAGAUACAGAGUGGCAUGUAUUAGAUUUUUACAGUCUAUACAAAGGGAAGAUUUUGUAAUUCGAGAGUACCAGAGAAAAGCACAAUUAUUGACUAAACAAAUAAGAGACCCAAGAGCUGAAUGUGCAGAGCUGCACAAACUGCUUCAAAAAAUGGAGCAAAAUAGCCAAAAGCAAACUGACCAAGCAGAGAGAGUUCAAAAGGUUCGCUCCAGGUGGGCAUCUGUAAUGGAAACACUUACAUGCUUGGAAAAGGAGAAAGAAGUUGUAGAUUCUGUUGUUGAUGGUCACGUGGACCAGUAUGCUUUAGAUGGAACUAAUGUCACUAUCAGCGUUCCAAGGCUGCUGCUUGACAAAAUUGAAAAUCAAAUGUACAAAUUGCAUAUAGGAAAUGUAUAUGAAGCUGGAAAACUCAAUCUGUUAACAGUCAUUCAAUUAUUAAAUGAAGCAUUGAAGAUUUUAAGAUAUGAACGUCAACAAGUUGACCAUGAGGCACUAAAACUAGAUCUUCAGUACAUUGAAGGGAAGACCAAAUUUCAGAAUAAAAUGUUAUUGGGUCUGAAGUCCAUGAGGCACAAACUGAAGCGAGAGGAUCACGUGUCCAUAGUGGAAUCAAUUGCUGAAAAACAAAAAGAGUGGGAUAUGAAGUGGGAAAACUUCCUUGGCCAGUCUCCCUUCAGUUUAAUUAAAGAUCAGAAUCCAGUACUUGAUUUGUUACCAGCUAUGUCUCCUCUUUCUUUUGAUCCUGCAACAGAAGAGGCUUAUAAAAGCAGUGUCUUCUGUAAAUACCCAGCAUCAGUUCCAGAUACGCCAAAAAAGGAUUGUCAAGCAAAUGAUAAGAAAGAGGAUGCAGCAUUUGAAAGUAUAAUGGACACAACACCUACAGGAAGGAUGCUCUCACACUUGCAGUCAGCUAGACAGAGCUUUCUCACAGCUGAACCCAGCAGUAUAGUACUUGAAAAGGAUGUACAUACUACACCUCCAAAAAGGAAGGAACAAUCUGUUUCUCAAAAAAUCUUAAAAUAUACAGUGCACAAACCUAGACCAAUAGAAGCUUGGAAGAACGGAGAUACUCAUGUACUCCAAUCACCAAUUGCAGUUAAAAGAGAAGACCCCAUUAAGAAAGCACAAGAGCAACUGGCAGAAGAGGUUGCAGAUGUAGUGGUGUCAGAAUCGACUCAGGGUGAUGGUGGAAAAGGAAUGGAGUUAGAUGACCUAAUUGGCUCAUUGGCUUCUAACCCUUUCUUAACAAGGAAACAGAUCCCACGAACUCCAGAAAAUCUGAUUACUGAAAUUAGAAGCUCAUGGAGAAAAGCUAUUCAAACUGAAGAUCCUUCAGAUAUAGAGUUGGCUCAGACUGAAAUGGUGACAAAAGAAGCUCCAUUGGAUCUAGAGUCUGCAAUAUGUAGCCGAAGAGAUUCUAGUAUGGCCUGCUUUAUGUCUUCAUCUCACAUGUCUGACCUUAAUGUUUCUAACUUACUAGAAAGGAAAUCUGCAGUAAGCUGGAUGACACCUGCACCUAAAAAGCAGGUAGUGGUUAGUCAUGUCAGUGAAUCGCCAACACAGAUACCAGCUACAAGAAUGCCAGAUAACGAAAGAUCCUGGGAGCUUGGAUCAAAGCAUACUGUUUCAAGUAAAAGUCUCACAGAAAACCUAGAAGAAUCUAUCUUUCCAACUGUAGAUAAGAGCAUGAAUCCUCUAGAUAAUAGUGCAGAGAGAGAUAUUAAAACAGAUGCUCUAUCACCUUUUUUUUGUCAGAAUUCUUCAGUGCAUACAACUCUGUCAUGGGAUGCUUCUCAAAUGGUAAGUAGUACUAGUUCUGACAGUAAUGAAGUUAUCCAGUUUGGAAUACUACAUGAGACUCUUCCAGAGGAACUUGGCAACAUAAGUCUUAAUAGCUCUGAAAGUUUAGAGACUGAUGAUGAAAUUGAGUGUAACUCAAGGGAUAACAAGUCCUUAGAAAACAUAGUGAAAAAUGAAUGGGCUGCUCAAGAAUGCAAACAGGAUUUACAAUCUAUUCGCAACAGAUAUGAAGCAUUGAAAAAGACAGUUUUCAGAAAUGAGGAAGAUUCAUUUCAGUCACCUAGAAAACAAUUUCUGAGGCACAGAUCAGAGAGGAACCUUAUUCCAGGAUGCAAAGAAACAAAAGAAGUAUUUAGUCCUCUAGGAAAACUCUAUGCAUUGGAUGCAGAGUAUAUCAAGACACCUUCACAUAUGUCUGUUUUUGAAAGAAGGCACACUCUUUCUCCACUGAUUGCAUUUUCUCCAGUUCAAGAGAGACUAAGGUCAAUGACACAAAAGAAACCUGGAGACUUCCUGCAUAACUUGAAGGAAGAAGAGAAUUUGAAGGAGAAGCUGGAUGCAAAAGAAUCAUCAUCUGAUAUAAAGACACGUAAAGAUGAAGCAGUUUCACACUUAAUAGAAUUAUGAUGCACUUGGAUAUGUAAUGCUUGUGUACUAAACAAAUUAGACUUAUAAUUUAAAAUGCUAUUUGUAAUUCACAUUUUUCAAACUCAUUCUUCCAUUUCAGACAGAAAUUCUGCCAAUACAUCCAUUUAAAUGCUUAUUUUAACUAACCAGGGAAGAAAUUUCCUUAGUGUACAAUGUCCAUUAAGGCUGAAUUCUUUCUUUGGUCAUUGAUCAGAGGGACUUAUAGUCAGAUGUGUGGAAUCAAACAUUUUGUUGGAUUGUGUGGUUAAGUCAUGCACACUGAAACUCCUGAGUCUGACACGACUUCCUAAAACAGUUCACAUUUUAAUUUGAAGUAUUUUAAAAAAAAAAAAAAAGUCAAGGACCCUGUUGAAAAAUGACAUUUAACCA